GCGAUUGGCUUGAAGUCAGGUGCGGCCCUCCCCGCGGCUCCAUCGCGGUGUCUCGGGUGGGAACAGAAUAGGGGAGCGUGCAGUGAGUGGGUACAGCUCUGUCCCGCGUUCCAACGUCGCUAAUAAUUCGCUGUGGCCAUGGCCGAAUCUCAGCCUGCGUCUGGCGGCCUCACUGACGAGGUAGCACUCAGUUGCUGCUCGGACGCAGACCCCAGCACCAAGGAUUUUCUGUUGCAGCAGACUAUGCUACGAGUUAAGGAUCCUAAGAAGUCUUUGGAUUUUUAUACUAGAGUUCUUGGAAUGACGCUACUCCAAAAAUUAGAUUUUCCUACUAUGAAAUUUUCACUCUAUUUCUUGGCUUAUGAGGAUAAAAAUGAUAUCCCCAAAGAUAAAAAUGAAAAAAUAGCAUGGGCAUUUUCCAGAAAAGCUACACUUGAGUUGACACACAACUGGGGCACUGAAAGUGAUGACACCCAGAGUUACCAUAAUGGUAAUUCAGACCCUCGGGGAUUUGGUCACAUUGGAAUUGCUGUUCCUGAUGUACAUGGUGCUUGUAAGAGAUUUGAAGAACUGGGAGUCAAAUUUGUGAAGAAGCCUGAUGACGGUAAAAUGAAAGGCCUGGCAUUUAUUCAAGAUCCUGAUGGCUACUGGAUUGAAAUUUUGAAUCCUAACAAAAUGGCAACUGUUAUUUAGUCCUAUGAAAAUGCUUCUGAGAGAUGUCAGUGAGGAUGGAAAUAAGAAUAGAAUAAUGUGACUCAAGAUACAGAGAACAGAAACACCCAGGACUGAUGGAUCUGUGUCCCAAUUCUAAUCCUUCUUAAGUCCUUUUCCCUUUUUAGCUGUAUUUUUCACCUAUUCAUUUCUAGUUUUAAAGUAGUGCUUUAUUUUAUGACCUUGAAUGAAGUUUUGUAAGUUCACUUUUUAGGUGAUAAUUAGAACAAUUCCCUUUAGAAGCUGCAUUUGCUGCCUUUUAGCUCCUAAAUAUUACCUCUCUUCAAGUCUUCCUUUGAAUCAUGUUUUAAAAAAAAAAAAAUUAACCUUUUUUUGUGUGAUGGAUAUCUUCUGGGGUUUCAGCUCCUCAGAAAUAACUUCAGGAUGGAAAGUAAAGAACACUGAACAAAAAUGAAACUUCAUGUGUACUUCAAACAGUAUAAAGUGUUUAUUUUUAUAAAAGAAAAGGCACUCUUGAGAACUGUUCAGAAUCAGGCUGACAAGGAUACUGAUAGAAAACUAAUUUUUUAUUUAUGAAAUACUUCUCUUAUGUUCAAGGAUUAAUUUUAUCUAUUUGGGAAGGAGGAAGAGGAGUGGUAAAGUAUUCACUGGAUACUCAGGCACCAGACAAGGUUGUAGCAUACUGUUUGUCCCUUAAUACUCUAUCUUAUGUAAAAGAAAGCAGUCUAGACAUGUAAAAACUUUAAUGAAUGGAAGGCAAUGCAAGUAGUCAAGAUCUCAUCAUCUUAGCAUUUAGUAUAUGCCUCAAAAUUAAGCCUCACUAUCCCCGCCCACACUAAUUCCCUGUUGUGAAAACCUGCAGUGUUCACGCAUGGUGCUCUCAGCUCUUGGACCUGUAUGCCACGUGGAGGGAAGAAAUGUGGAAGUCUAUCACCAGGCUGCUGUAGGGACACCCACUUAACCCCGCACAAGUCUUCCAUUACUUAAGGAAUCUUCUUUACCCUAAGUCUUUGUGAUGCCAGGAAUUAUGUUCACUAGUAAUACCACUAAUUAUCAGAAAGCAGCUCAGACAUUUGGUGGCUUUCAAACAAUCAAAGUGAGUUUGAAGAUCUCACAGCCUAGAGAACAAAAACACCCAAAACACCUAAAUUACAUUUAGCUGUUUUGUAAUUCUAGAGGAAGACUUUUGGACAGGCCACGCCAGUUCUUGAACUGCUGGAAGCAAUUCACAUUUCCUUUUUGGAUGAAAUGGAUUCACAUGAGCAAUUUAAGCAACUAGCAGUAUUUACAGACUGAAAUAAAUUUUAAAUAAGACUGAUUGGUGAACUUCUGCCUAGCAAGUUCUUUUUAUAAAAGGCUCCCCUUAGAAAAUAUUGAAAGGAUUUGAAAGGGCUUGCAAGUUUGAUCUGAACCAGGACCAGCCUGUAAAACAGGUAGUUUGUAUGGUUACAGAACUAUGAGAAAGGUAGAAGGGGCACAGUAAGGAGUAAAGGAUUGUGGUAGAUAAAGUACAGCGAAUAAAAAGACCAGAUACUAAGAGGUAAGUCAUGAGAACUUAGGAAGACCAGCUUCACAUGUUAAAUAUUAGAAAUAGCAAGUAGGAGGUCUGUUAGAUUCAUAAAUUUAGUAAUUUAAACUUUAUUGCUAGGGAAAGAAAACUACUCUGCUUACUAAGUAAAAUCGUGCCAAAAUAUAAUCCUCAUUCCUUAAAUUCAUUCCUAUAUUCACUGAUAAAACACUGUGUGGCCAGGCCUUGCUAGGGAUUAGAAUAAUUCACUUCCAAAUAAAACUGUUUUGAGAAAUGGUGGUAAGAAAGGGCAAACUAGGGGACAAGAAGUUUUCUUGUUUUUCAUGUUGAGAUAGUACUACCCAGCUCAGAGUGUAGAAUGUCAGCCCCGGAGCAAGCACAGCUGAGGUUGGGACUCCUGAUACUGAUUUUGAGUUAAGAGCCGUGGCUGGAGGGCAAUCACUUGAGGUUUCCCUCACAGUAUUUUGAGCAGAACUUGUUAGGUUUAUCUUUGUUCAGGCUGCUAUACCAAAAAUACUAUAGACUGGGCGGCUUACACAAUUUAUUUCUUCCAGUUUUGGAGGCUGAGUAAUCCCAAGUUCAAGGCACAGCAAAUCCAGUGUCUGUUGAGGUCCCCUUCCAAGCUUGUAGAAGAUAACCUCUGGCCGUGUCCUCAUAUGGCCAAGAUAAGUGACCUUUGAUCUCUUUCAAGAACACCAGUCCCAUUCAGGAGGGCUCCAGGCUUAAUUUCCAAGUACUGCCACGCUGGAGAUUAAGCAUGCAUCUGAGGGGAGGCAUGCAUUUAGUCCAUAGCAUACUCUUAAACCUUGGUAACAUAACUGAAGAGGCUUUUAUCUUGCUGUUGGUAAGAAAAAACAAACUUAGCCAAUGUAACAAGCACUGAAUUCUAGAAUGGGUUGAUAGAGGGUUCAAUAAUUUUAAGAACCUCAGAUUCCUUCCAACUUUCCCACCAGUCAAUUUUUAACAUUUUUUGUCUUUGAGCCAAUAAUAAAUGUGAUCUUUGAUGCCUAUCACCACCAUUCAGAAUGCUGUGUGUAGACCAACAAUGUCCAGUGAAAAAAAAUAACCUUUUAUUCCUCGCUUGUCUUUAUUAAGGACCAAAAAGCCUUUUCCAAAGCUCAGAAUUCUGUUUCCUUAAACUCCGCUAGAUUGUGAGUUUUGCAGAUUUCCUUGCUUUAGAUGAUUGGCAGUUUUAAGGAAUACUACUGUAGCUAGACACUGUAAAAUAUUCUCAAUAGGGAUUUUUUAAAAAAAUUUCGUCAUGAUAAAACAAGAAACUGGUUUUUAAGAUGAAGGCCUCAGGUAAAAAGCUCUAUCACACAUAAAGGAUAUGUGCUAUUAAUACAUCACUAAUAAUUUUAACCAUGAUCACUGAGUUAACAGCGAUACUACUUCCGCAGGGUUAUGGCUAGAUUUAAGGAGGAAAAUGAGCAUGAACCCUUUUGUAAAAUGCCUAGAAUGUAAGAUUCUCCCAAUAUUAUGUUCUCAAUACUAGCCUUUUCUUGCUGCAGUCUACCUACUUUGGUAAUGUCACCUACUAUCCUGGCUUUAACUAUCAUCUUGGAUAAAAUGAGUUUAAAACGAUUAAAGCUAUAACAGCACAAACAGAAAUAUAAUGAAUGUAUAUUUGUAUUUGGCCUCUAGGUCAUCCUUCCUAGACUUUGGAAGAACAAAAGUGGUAGCUUAUUUUCUCACAUGAAAAGCCCUUUACCUUUUGCUAUUUUAUGUCCUUCUGUUCUGUUUCCAUCUUACGAUUGGUAUUUUUUUUAUACCCUUUGUUUUUCAUGCACUCUGCGACUGACUGCUUAAUUUCCAUUUCUGCCCUAAAGCAUCAAUUUUUCAGAACUUAGCAUAUCAGGAGGCCACAAAGGAAAAUAUGGUGCUUAGUUCAAGAAGCCAGUCUCAAGACUGCAUGUUGCAGGAUUCCAUUCCUAGGAAUUGUCUAGAAUGGGCAAAUCUAUAGAGAUAGCAGAGUAGCUGUCACCUAGGGCUGGAGAUGAUGGUGUGGGGAAUGAGAGGUGACUGACAAAGAAUGAGAUUUCUUCAUGGUGAUGAAAAUGUUUUCAGUUGGAUAGUUGCACAACUCUACGGACGUGCUAAAAUCCACCAAACUGGACUUUAAACAAGUGACUUAUAUCCCAAUAAAGCUUUUAUUAAAAUAAAAAAAGGGCCAAGGAUUUAGCUCAGUGGUUCUGCCACCUGCCU